AUGAAAAUAACAAGAGAGUUUUGAUUAAGAUUUUUAAUCCUAGUAAAACUUAUACUUCAUCUCUCCCUCGCGUGAAGUUCAGGAUUUUUUGAAGAUGAGUUCUCAUGACGAUCAUGCCACCCCAGCUGAGAUACAUGAGACAGCUACUCGGCUUGUACUAUUUGAGCUCCAGGAUUUACUAUGAAUAGUACAACUGGCCUUUGUGACGGCCCACAGUGAUCUUCAGAAUCUUGUGUCGAUUGCGGAGGCAGUUGAUCAUACCAAUGAGCAUAUCAGAUGAGUUGCUAUACUUGUGUAUCUGGAGAAUAUUUUGAUUUAGACACAUACUCAUGUGUCUCAGCUUGUGAUCCAAGCACUCAGAUUGCUAUCGAUGAUACUAAGUUAGGCGGAAUUCCUGUUUGUAGAAGCUUUAACUAUUACGUCAAUCCGCUAAGUGAUAGUACUACGGAGUUAGGAACUUUAAAGCAUCCUUACAAAGAGUUGAAUUCUGUGUUUAUGGAGCUGUUCCACUUUCAUUCCCAUUCAGAGAGGGAAAUUGUAAUCAACCUGUUUGAAGACACCACAAACUAUGUUAAAGAAGGAACUUUCUUAAUCGAGAUAAAUAAAGUGGCGAUAAGGUCAUACUCAUCUGAAGAAUUUCAGACUAGAAAGGCAAAAAUUGUGGGAAUCGAGAAAGGAAGCAAUAAGGCUCCAGCUUUGUUACCAUCCCAUUUUACUUUACUGAGUAAGACUUUUUCUCAUCUCUUAGGCACUUCUGAAGUGGAUUAUUUGGGUCAGAUCUCAUCGGACUCACAGAUUUCCUCUGAAGACAAGGAUUUAGUACUGAAUUCAGGAAAUGGCAUCUUGUAUCUAUUUAAAACCAGUCUUCAGCUAGAUGAAUUAUACAUCUCUACUGAGUACUCGAAUAUUGGGAUUAACAAAAUCUUUUUGAACCCAAUUCAGCUGUUAGACAGAAAAGUAUCAAUAGCAUCAUCGAACAUUUUGCAUACAGGAAGAUUCUUGCACUCUUCGCAACAAAUGAGUUUAGAAGUGGCCAAUUCUGAAUUUGAUUUACAUAAGUCCCAAGGAGGGUUUAAUUUGCUGCUUUCAUGCAUACAAGGGCAGGCGAAGCUGCCGAUCUCAACUCGUGUCUCAAAUACAAAGUUUUACUUCUCUCAAGAUCCUCCUGACAGUUUGACAACAAAUUUCCCCCCAUUUGUGCAGAAUGGUGGCCAUGAUGUCUCUGUAGAGAAUGUUACACUAAUGUUUUAUGGAGACAGUGGUGCAAAUGGUUUUAAUUUCUUGCUGAGACCUGAUCAAACAUGAGAUUCGAGCGAAAUGACACAGAGAAUUAUCAGCCUCAAAGAUAUUAAGAUAGGCAGUGAUCCUUCUUGGGGUUAUGCACCCGAGGAUAUGUACUUUGGUGUUCAUUUGAGGUGGGCGAUAGAUGAAAGCUUUUACACUUAAUUGGGUCCCUCUGGCUCGAAAAUCCAAUUCUAUUUUUGUUGUAUAGUGAAAAUCCAACAAGUACUCAAAAUGCUAAGUAUGUACUGAAUCAUCUGGAGUUCUCAAACAUCCAAGUAAAUUUCUUGGAAUUGAUCAAUAUCCAAGGCAACGGACUCUCUGAGUGAGAAAUUUACA